CAAUUACUUUUAAAGAUGUAUUGUCACUGUCAUUCACCUAGUUCUACGCAUAUCAUUCACCGACAUAUUGCAUUACACGUUAUAUCGCAUCACCUACAAACAACAUGUAUUGCUGAACAAAAGCGGAGCCUCGUUAGCAGACAAAGGAUAUCGCACAUCACGCCCGGGUGCGCCCAUUCACGUUAUAGUAACAUGGCGACAUAUACCCAGCCAACUGCGAAGAGACAGAAAGUGAGAGAACCAAGAAGCGAUAAUGUUGACUAUUUUCAAGGUAUAGAUAAGAUAGAAUACAACAAUAUGGCGUCGCCGUCAGAGACAACGAGCUACAGAUACUACAACAGUUCGGAGCGCGUUCACUCGCGACCGAUGGAGGACUGGCUCAAAUACAGCGUCUCAUUUACUGACUUUCGGAACUAUGGUUCAGACCCCUGCGGCCGCCCCCUCCACUCCCGCUCCUGGGAUGAUGGUACAGACUCCAUGGACAACCACAAACGACACCUCAAAGUUCUCUUCGAGCUCUGCGCGAAACUAGGAGUCAAAUACUGGACCGCCUUCGAUACGGACCUGAUACCCUGGAGUGAAAGUUGGGAGGAGAACAAGACGCAUUGGGAUGAUGUGGUGGAGUACAUCCAGGAGUUGGCGUCAAGGUACCACGUGAAGCUGUUGUGGAUAGCGCCAGAUCUCCAUACACAUCCCAGAUAUGCGUCAGGUGCCUUCACAAGUAACGACGCAACAACGUUCAUACAAGCGGCGACACAAAUAAAGAAGUGUCUCGAGGUCUCACAGCGCUUGAAUGCCGAAUGUUUCCUUAUCUGGCCGUACAGGGAAGGUUACCACACCCUCUUCCAAACCGAUGUUGCCAGAGAAAUAAAGUUAUUCGCCAAAUUAUUAAAACUCACAGCUGAAUACAAAGAAAGACUUAAUUACAGGUGUCAAAUGUUGAUCAUGCCGUAUUACAGUUUCUACCAUAGUAGUAGAUUUUCAGGAGGCUGGCAACACCGACAAUGGCGGGAAAGUGAUUUGAUUCACAAGUACAUGUGGGAUGUUACCAGUUGUUUGUAUUUGUUGAAGAAUUAUAACUUGGAUCGGUAUUAUAAGGUAGCGGUGACGCCUGGACAUCAUAUGUAUAUUGCUAAUGUAUACAACAUGUUAGGUGGCGUGACCGUGUCCAGCGAGUGGGAUCACUAUGACAGCCGAACUCUGACGCUCAUGAUGAAAUGUAUUGUAGACCAGGGUACAGCGCCGCCUGGCGGUAUAAACCUGAAGCUGUGUCCGCGCCGCGACAGCGACCUGCGGGACCUCACCACUAUGUACGUCAAGUAUAUCGACGCUCUGGCGAAGGCCCUGAGGUUAGCCUGCACUGUCAUCGCCGAGCAAAUCAUUUCAAAACAUUUGCAGCAACGUUACUCUACCUACUACAGCGGUUUUGGGUCGCGGCUUGUUGGCAGCGAUAUUUCUAUGGAGGAAUGUGAAGAAUAUUACAAAAAGAACCAUCCUCACGGCGAGGUCACGUCAUCGAAGUUCGAACACUUGGACGUUGUUUUCCAGAGACACUUGGAUGCUUGCGACCAUAUAUGAGGACUUUUCAACAAAACGUUAUUAUAAAGAAGUUAUUUAUUGAUUAAAGUAUUUCUCCUCAUAAUUUUUCUUUGUUUUUGCCUGGAGAUAGUGUGAAAAAUGGAAGAACUUGAUCAGUUAUAAGCAACAGUAUUCUUAAUGUCAUUGACAAUCUGUUUUGUCAUAGAUUUGAUAUUUUUAAAUGAUGCAAUGGUUUACACACGCAUAUUUACCAAUGCGUCAGCUCAUGAUUUAGGACUCCGGUUGGGUCCGAAACUGUCGGACACUCCAUCAUUUUCAUGAUUAAUUAUUAUUGCAAUCAAUUGUAUUGGGGUAGUGUUACCAAUUAAUAAAACAAAUCAUAUUGUAUUUAAUCUUUUUUAAUUCAUUAUUCGCAUCGUAUUUCAGAUUACUUUCAUUUUUUUUUGUAUUUUUCACAUAAUAUUCACAGCGACUUACAUUUAUACAAUAGCUAGAUACAAAUUAUGU